AUGGUUUUGCAAGAAAACAUUACUGUUCCACAUUUUGUAUUAUUUCCUUUCAUAGCACAAGGACACAUUAUCCCAAUGAUAGACAUUGCUAAACUCUUAGCACAACAUGGUGCCAUUGUUACCAUUUUCACUACACCCAUAAACGCAUCACGUUUUUCUUCUGUUCUUUCUCGUGCUGUUUCCUCUGGCCUUCAAAUCAAUCUUGUAACACUCCAUUUUCCAUCAACACAAGCUGGUUUACCAGAGGGUUGCGAGAAUUUCGACAUGGUUAAUAUUUCAAAAGACACGAUGGACAGGCUUUUUCAUGCAGUUUCCUUACUUCACAAAUCAGCAGAGGAACGGUUGGAUAAACUUUCACCAAAACCAAAUUGUAUUAUCUCCGAUUUUUGCAUUCCUUGGACUUCUCAAAUAGCUGAAAAACAUCAAAUUCCAAGGAUUUCAUUCCAUGGUUUCUCUUGCUUCUGUCUCCAUUGCUUUCUCAAGAUACAGUCUUCAAAGAUUUUUGAAAGCGUAAAUUCUGAUUCCGAGUAUAUCACUGUUCCUGGUAUACCUGACGAAAUUCAAAUCACCAAUGCGCAAUUACCAUUAAAAAUUUUGGAACAACAAGAGAACGACUUUUUUGAGAAAAUGUUUGAAGCUGAAACAAAAUCGUAUGGUGAAAUCAUAAACAGUUUUGAAGAACUAGAGAAAGAAUAUGUUAAUGAGUAUAAAAAGGAAAUGAAUGGUAAGGUUUGGUGUGUUGGUCCUGUUUCACUCUGCAACAAAGAUGGUUUGGAUAAGGCUGAAAGAGGUAACAUAGCUUCAAUAAGUGAACAUAAUUGUUUAAAGUUUCUAGAUUUUCAUAAACCAAAAUCUGUUGUUUAUGUUUGUCUUGGAAGUUUAUGCAAUUUAGCUUCUUCACAACUUAUUGAAUUGGCUUUGGGAUUGGAAGAAACCAAAAUGGCAUUUAUUUGGGUUAUUAGGGAUGGAGUCAAUAAAUCUCGAGAGUUGGAAAAGUGGAUUAGUGAUGAAAAGUUUGAAGAAAGGAACAAAGGGAGAGGCCUCAUAAUUAGAGGAUGGGCCCCACAAAUGGUGAUAUUAUCUCAUCCUUCAAUUGGUGGAUUCUUAACACAUUGUGGUUGGAAUUCAACACUUGAAGGGAUAAGUUUUGGUGUGCCAAUGGUAACUUGGCCAUUGUUUGCUGACCAAUUUUUGAAUGAGAAGCUUGUGACUCAAGUUUUGAAGAUUGGAGUGAGUCUUGGUGCUAAGGUUGUAAUGGAGUUUGGUGAGGAAGAGAAGCUAGGUAUUGUUGUGAAGAAGGAAAGUAUUAAGGAGGCAAUAUGUAAUGUGAUGGAUGAGGAAGAUCAAGAAAGUAAAGAGAGAAGAGAAAGAGCUAGUGAAUUAAGUGAGAUGGCAAAGAGAGCUGUUGAAAAAGGUGGAUCUUCUUAUAUUAAUAUGUCUUUGCUUAUUCAAGAUAUCAUGCAGCUACAAUCAAAACACCAAAGUUGA